UCCGUUAUUUCUCUUCUUCUUCAUAUAUCUUUCUAUUCAUUGUUCUCUAACACUCUUACAAUUAAUUUUGACUCCAAAAACUAUGGAGAACGUGGUAUCCAACAUGGCAGAGAAUAUGCUUCUAACGAUGACACUUACCAAAAUAACAGUCGCUAGAGUAAAUCGAGAAGCAUUGGGUAAAUUAUUUGCCGAAAUCAAGGACUGUUCACUCACUGAGAAAUAUGAAACUAAGGAGGAGAAAUUGACAUUUUUGAAUUAUACUAAAUUACCUCCAUAUUUUAUUAUAAUAAUCGCCUCUUCAAUGACAAUGGUCGAAAUAUUAUAUUACUCGAGUCGACUUACAUAUGGAAUUCAAAGUGCAAAGAAAAACGGUUCCAUGGGUUAUCAGUUGCCGUACAGAACAUUACAAAUCAUCGAUUUAAGUGACACCAGGACUUACGCUUUGAUUUGUGCUUAUCAAAUAAUAUUCGUACCUUGUGUCGUAUUAGGUUACGUAGGAUUCGAUUGCAUGUUCGUCAAUUUGUCCAUUCAAGUAAUUGCACAGUUCUCCAUAUUGUCCUAUAAAGUGAAAACAAUAUUAAAUCAUUCUAAAAAUUAUCAUGAAGGUAUGAAGGAACUUGUACUACGACAUUAUCGACUGAUAAGAUUGACAGAAGGAUUGGAAAAUAACUUUAAUUACCUGAUUUUGCAGCAACUUUUGGGUACCACCAUUCAUAUUUGUAUUUCUGGUUACUAUUUAAUUAUGGUACAAAUACAAUAG